AUGCGUCUGACUUUUGAUAGGGUGACCAACAACUGUAUCAUCAGCGUAUUUUACAAACAAACAUCCAAUUGGCAAUCGAAGGUCAUCAGAGUGGAGGGAAAAGAGGCGUUCGAUCUGACAAUCAGAUACCAGCUGAACCUCUUUCAGUCAGCCCUCAGCUGGUUAAGACAUCGAGAGAGGAUUGCUGUCCUGGGUUUUCCAGUCACAGUAUCAACCGAGUUGCAACUGCGAGAAGCGCUGUCGGCGGACAUCGUGGACCACACCCUUCGUACUCCGCGACUGGUCCUGGCGAGCGACCCGAAUCUUCCCGAUAACAUCUCCCUCGAGGUGAAGGAGGCUGCCCGCAAGCUGGUUGACUUCUUCGAGGAACGUUACAGUGAAAAGGUGGGCAGCCUACUUGAUGAUGCUCUGCAAGUUGGUACUGCCGGGGAGUCGCCAUCGACUGCAUCAGAGGAAAAAUUCCAGUCUGGUUCGCUCUCCCCCUCCUCGACCCCGCACUCGCCGGAGAUGAUGUUGAGCGUGGCGCGUCUUCAUUACCGCACAGUGCUGCAUGAGUUGUUUGCGCAGCAAAUCAACUGGGGACGUAUCAUCGCCAUGUUUAGCUUCCUCCGCGCCCUCUGCCAGAUCCAAAUCCCCGUGGCGGUAACGUUAAAGGUUGCCAACCUGUGUACACAGGGACCGAAACGUGCCAUCAUUAACGUGAAAGAUCUUUUCCUCCGGGGCAUUCCGUUCUCCGUAAGUGUCUAG